UUCACUCCCGAGUUUAGUUGGGCACGCGCAGACAGGGGAACUUACUGGUCGUCCAGUUGGCAAAUCGACGAAGUUGUCUUCGGAAACUUGAAGGCUCAAAACAAAACCACUAUGACUUCGACGAACAUGUUUCAAGGGUUGGAAAGUGGUGCAAAACCAAGUUCAAGGGUGUUGCAGCCUCCUGGAGGUGGUUCUAGUAACCUGUUUGGUGGCUAUGAAGAUGAUUCUGCAGCAUCAAGAAGGCCUCAUAAGAUGGAAUCUAAAAUUUUUGCUCCACCAGAGCAGUCCCAGAGUGUGCCCAGACGCUCCAACCCUCCAGGUGGGAAGAGUAGCGGAAUAUUUGGGGAACCUGAACCUCCUGCUCAACCACAGAAACCCAUGCCUCCAGGUGGACCGACCAGCAACAUAUUCGGGGAUGAAGAAAUUGUUCCUGCCCAAAGCCCAAGCCGAAACCACCCAAAUAAGCCAAAGGACAAUCUAUGUGUAGGACCUGAACCAGAAUCACCAGCCCCCGAAAGCAAGGUCAGCCAACCUGAGGUGAAGGAGGAAGCUGCCGCCCCAGCUCCCAUGCCAGCGAAGGAAGAGCCCGCUGCUGUCUCAGCCCCUCCAGAACCUCAGCCCUCUUCUUCCUCUCCCUCACCUCCUAAUGAGAGUGACAUGACUGCUGACCUGAAGAAGCACGAGCCUCAUCUGGGACCCAGGCCUCGCUCUCACAACAGGGUCCUCAACCCCCCCGGAGGAAAGUCAAGUGUGGUAUUCUACUGAUGAGCUGAACACGCCACUCCACCCUGUUUGUGUCCGUACACUCCUUGUCUGCUCUCCUGUUAAUCUUCUCUCAUUCCAACACCCCUCUCCCCACGGUUAUUUCACCUGUACAUCUAUACAUAGACCAGGAUUUUUUUGUUAUUCACAGAUUCCAGGUCAAUUAUGUUCUCCUCAACUUCUUGCACUUUCAGCCCCAUUUCCGGCUCCCAGCUCCUUGUCCAGUGCUUCAUAUUCUUCUUCACUGCAAUCAUACAAUCACCAACUGAUCAAUCGAGAUGCUUAUUGAUCACUUUGAAUGUGACACUGUUCUAUCUCAAUAAUCCGGUUUUCACACUUUGUGUUGAAGUAUGUGUGAAUGUAGAUUGGUUUAAGGCACAAUUGUUUGUCAUUUUGAAAAAGGUUUUUGCAUCUCAAGAUUGGUUAAGAUGUUAAAGAGAGUGCAGCUUUAAACAGUCCUACAUUAAAGUCAUUAAAGUCCUAUAUUAAAAUUAUCUGGUGUGAUGAAAGUCCUGGUGUAAAAAUUCAUGGCAGACAUUUGUUCAAAUUUCAGGAUGAUUGUUUUAACCCUUAAUGUGUAGGCUACUACUUUAUUUACUACUGUAGCCUGCGUAUUACAAAUUGUGACUGAAGUCAGGAGGGGGUGAGUAAAUCUUUCUCACCAAUGUAGUACGUAAAAUGUUUCAGGGAGUUUCACGAGUGCCACAUCCUUAUUGGAUGACUACAUAAAACCUCUUGUUUGGCCGUUUCUCAAAAUAAUGCAUGUGUUAAACAACAAAUAAUGAUUAUAUAAUCAGAAGCCUUAUAUCAGCUCGGCCUUUUUCAUUCUUCUUGCCUUCUCAUGAAUUACUCCUUCAUGGUUUCCUUCUCUAGAUGCCAAAAAAUGACUUUGAAACAAAGAUGGAUGCAAUUGUUUUCUCCCAAAAUCUUCUGCUUCCUGAAAGAAAUUCCAUUUUGAUUUUACGCGGUUGAAUUGUGCAGGUGCUUUUCUGCUUUGUCAUCAUUGCUUGCUUUAUAUGAGAACAUGGCUUUUUUUUUUUUUUUUUGCUUGGGGUAGGCCUUUGUUUAUGUUUUAAAUUAAAACGGCUGAAGACAAGUGAACUCCGGACAAGCGUGUGGCCUACCUGAGUCCAGGUGGUCUCAUUGAUAAUCACUUUUUCACCCACUCCAUGAUGCACAUUCAUGGUAUUCUUUUGCCAGCCUGUCCCCUGUGUGUUGAUGUGCCUGGCAGGCAAUGAGCGCAGCAGAAGAAGAAAUCCUGUGUAUUGCAAUAAAACUGUUGUUUUGCAUUUAGA